UUUUUUCUGGGUCAUCGCCCGGUGCAUACCCUCGCCCUCGUCCACCAUCACGCUCCCUCCUCCUCCUCCUCCUCCUGGCGGACUGCCUCUCCGCCACCCAACCUACCACCACUGCGCUCCACCAGAUCAUGCCCCCGGUCAACUCGCCUUCUGACCCCCCCGCUCAGUCGUCGUCCUCUGCCUCUUCCCUGCGACCUUUGACCGCGCUCUCCAUCCCCGUUCCCUCUCUCCCCGCGGCGGUGUCCGAUGACACCCAUGAUGAUAACGUGAGCUUUCUACGCUCUCGUGUGCGCUCCCCACCCGACUCGUCUACUUCGCUCAGUCGCCAGCGCCGUCGUCGACGACCGAAUCUUUCCGAUCUCGAUCUUGAGCCUAUGGAUCUAGAGGACCCUUCCAAUUUGCGCAUCGAAAUCAACCGUCGCAUUCCCAUCGUGCGCCGUCAGCGCGACGGCUCCGGCAACCCCAACCCCAAUAACCUUCCCAACUACGAGGGCCAGAUGUCGAACCCACGCUCGGUUUAUGGCUGGGCGCCUGCCUCCGAUGAUGACGAUUAUGAUGUGGGCUUUGAGCCUCUGCACGACAGCAACACCGUCUCCUGGUUCGGCCGAUUUUCCGAUCGCUAUGCGACCGCUCGCCGCCAUGCGCGCCGGGAUGCCGCCGGCCGAAGCCCGACAUUACCGGAUGAACCAUCCGAUAGUAGUUCCCAUCGCCAGAACGAAUCGCCAGGAUCGACAACAGAGGCUUUUCUAUGGUCAGCACGACGCCAACCGCGGAGUUCACGGACGCGCACGCUUCACGACUAUCUAUUAGACAGGGAACGGACUCUCCAGGAUUCCGAUGAGAGUCGAGAACGACCAGGUCCCACAUCGGCCUCGCGAGCGUAUCGGUUCAUGCCCGGCACCCGCGGCGAAUCGCAUCGAUUCCUUACUCACAAUGACCUACGGGCGCGGAUCAGCGCCCAUCGACAGCUGCAUAUGGAGAACCCGCCAAACCCCCGGUUGAAAGAGACUAUCCGGUACCUCGAUCGCCUGCGAUUUUCGACGUCGUUUGAGGAAAGUCUCACUUCAGCAGCCGCAGGGGGGUUUGUCAAUACCGAUUUUCUGGGCGGCAACGAAGAUGAUUUCAUACUGGACACCACCUCGAUAGCGCCGCCCCCUGAGUGUUCAUGGCUCCGACCCGGCGUGGUCUUUUCAGGCUCGCAACGGGCUGCCAGCAGCGCGAACUCGAUCUUCGCACGGAUACCCAGUCCAUCGACGUCCCAGGACCCAGUGAUCGUCAAUGGGAGCGAUAAUAAUAAUCGCAUAAGUGUUUAUACCACGACCGGGCGACGAUAUCUUGCUAACAAUAUAUACAACCUGGGAAGUGGGAAGGAUGAGAACUGGCCCGUGAAGGUCACGAUACACAGCAUAAACCCAGACGACAUGACGUUGUCAGGGACCAUGGAGGCAUACAACAUUCCGGACAAAACAACGCCGGCUCAUGAUGCACAUAUUGUCACGUAUCUCGAGGGGGAGAUCAUUGAUUUCAACACACACACGCUGGAGACGAAGAACUUUAAGGCGGAUGCCGAGAUCGACAGUACAUAUUGGCGGGAGUUGCAGCCGUUCAAGGACUUGACGGACGAGGAAAUGACGCGAAAUCUCGUCAGUCGGAAAUGGGUAACGGAGCAGUUAUCCCGGCGGUGGAUAUUGAUGCGAUGGAAGGAACGCUGUUUCAUCACACCCACUGAUUCUCGACAAGGACUGACGAUCUCGGGGUUCUACUAUAUAUCGUUAAACCGGCAAAGUGGGCAGAUCGAGGGGUUAUACUACGACCCCGGGAGUUCGCCAUACCAACAGCUGUCAUUGAAGCCGGAGACAAGGAAAAUGGUGUGUCCGUCGUAUGGAUUCCGCUAGUGGCAGCGGCCUGUAACCUUUAUUUGGCUGGUUUAUUGGCGUACGUUACAUGUUUGCAUAGCCGGUGUUCUCAUACCAGUGAUAUCAGAUUGCGCUAUAUCCAAGGCACAGCCAAUAAACAUCUUAACCAUC